AUGGUCAAGUCUCCAGAAGCCAUCGAAAAUGACUAUCUCAAAAAAGAGCUCGAAAGAGUCACAAAGGAAUAUCUGAAAUUCGCAAGUACCUGGCAAACAGAGAACGAUCGAUUGAAGUUAGAAGCGAAAGAAAAAACGACAGCUCUGGAAGACCUGCAUCAGAAAAUGCAGGCCAUGUCGUUGGAGUUGGCCAAGUAUGAUCGGGAGAAAAAACGAGAGGUUCAAGAUGAGGAAUAUGUAGAAGCAGAAUACGAAGAGGAGGAAGGAGAAGUCGAUGUUGUUAAUUAA